GGAGUCGGACAUUGAUUGCGAAGUUGCGUUGUUAUGCGGUAACGAUGAACUAUAGAAGCUCGCGAUGAGUAUAGUACGAGGUUGUGGCCCUUCUUUAGGCAUCAACAGAAUCAAAGCCAACCUGCUUUCUUGUAGAAUUAUCACUUCAACUUCUGGCAACCGAAGACCGGACGAGACUUGUCUGGCUCUCCUCCAAUCCUGCGACGCCCUCCCAAAACUUUUCCAAGUCCACAGCCUCAUCUUCAAACUGGGUCUGCAAGGCAACCCUUUUGUUCUUACCAAAUUCACCUCCAAAUCUUCCGAACUCAACUCUGUUGACUAUGCUCAUUCUAUCCUCUUCUCGGCGCAGUCCGAUUGCAGUCUCUACGAUACCUUCCUUUUUAACAAUCUCAUCAGAGCUUAUGCUCAAACAGAGAGCUUGAAGGCUAAAGCUUUGGAAAUGUAUAAUUUUAUGCUUCAGUGUGGAGUGCUGCCUAAUAAUUACACGUACCCAUUUAUGCUUAAGGCUUGUGCUGGCAUUGGGGACUUGAGCUUAGGGAGGUCCGUUCAUGGGUCGGUGUUAAAGUUUGGUUUUCAUGAAGAUGUUCACGUUCGGAAUACAAUGGUGCAUAUGUACUGUUGUUGUCGGGGAGGUAUUGAUUACGGCAGGAAAUUGUUUGAUGGAAUGCCUAAGAGGGAUUCCGUUCCAUGGAGCGCGAUGAUUGGUGGGUACGCACGGUUGGGGCGGUCUGUGGAUGCAGUUGAGUUGUUUAGGAAAAUGCAGAUUGCAGGUGUCCGCCCUGAUGAGAUUACUAUGGUCUCAGUUUUGUGUGCUUGUACAGAUUUAGGUGCCCUCGAGCUUGGGAGGUGGAUUGAGACUUUUAUUGAGAAACAGAAGGUUAAUAAAUCUGUUGUGCUUUGUAAUGCACUGAUCGACAUGUUUGCAAAGUGUGGUGAUGUUGAUAAAGCUCUGAAGUUGUUUUGGAACAUGAGUCAGAGAACUAUUGUUUCGUGGACUUCUGUCAUUGUUGGUUUGGCAAUGCAUGGUCGUGGUUUGGAAGCUGUUUCUUUGUUUGAGGAAAUGAAAAGAGGCAGAAUGGUGCCAGAUGAUAUUGUGUUUAUUGGGUUGCUUUCUGCAUGUAGUCAUUCCGGAUUAGUUGACCAAGGCAGAGAAUAUUUUGAUUUGAUGAGUAAGGAGUUUGGCAUUGUACCUAGAAUGGAACACUACGGAUGCAUGGUAGAUUUGUUUUGCAGAGCUGGACUCGUAAAAGAGGCAUUGAGAUUUGUUCAGAAAAUGCCUGUUGAGCCAAACCCUAUUAUUUGGCGAACCCUGAUCAAUGCCUGUCAUAGCCAUGGUGAACUAAAGCUUGCAGAGAGCAUUACCAAGCAGCUGAUCCAUUAUGAGCCCCUUCAUGAGGCUAACUAUGUUCUACUUUCCCAUAUUUAUGCGAAAAAGUUUGACUGGGGGGAGAAAACUAAGAUUAGAGAGGCUAUGGACAAGAAGAGGAUGAAAAAGAUUCCAGGGAGCACUAUGAUUGAACUAAAUAAUGAAAUAUAUGAAUUUGUAGCUGGAGAUAAGUCACAUAAUCAAUACAGGGAAAUAUAUAAGAUGGUGGAUGAGAUGGGGAGGGAAAUGAAGAAGGCUGGAUAUGUUCCUACCACAACAGAGGUGACGCUUGAUAUUGAUGAAGAAGACAAGGAAGAUGCUUUGUACAGUCAUAGUGAGAAGCUGGCUAUUGCUUUUGCCCUUCUAAAUACGCCAUCUGGAACUCCUAUUAGGAUUGUAAAAAAUCUGCGAGUUUGUGGUGAUUGUCAUUCUGCUACUAAGUAUAUCUCGAAGAUUUACAGUCGAGAAAUUGUAGUAAGGGACCGGAAUCGCUUUCACCAUUUCAAGGAUGGGAUAUGUUCAUGUAGAGAUUUCUGGUAACAAGCUGAUUACAGUUUCAACUUUCAUUGUUAUCAAUUCAACUGCUUGAAAUUGAAUACGAGCUUGGCUUGGCUGGUUCCAAUAAUGAGGGUUAUAUUGUGGGUUAUCAUGCACAUCUUUCGUAAAUAUUCACCAGAAUACCUAAUGGGACAAUUCUCCAUCUCUUUUCUAACAAUUUUAAUCUAACCUGGUGAUUUGAGAUAGCAUCAGAGCAACCCCCAGAGAAUUUUAAUCAGAUGUGUGUAUUAUCAUAGUCUGCAAUUCGACAGUGGUUGCAGCAGGCAGAAAUUGUAAUGUGAAAAUUGGAGCUGCGCAAAGGCUUCUUCCCUGGUUGUCAACUGUAUAAGCAAGUAAUCCAAAAUUACACUGAAGAUCCGAUUUUUGCUGGAGUUAGCUCUGUUGGAACGGGAUUGCUCUAACAUUUAAUAUAUGUAGUCUUCACAAACUAAUAGAUCUGGUAUUUUGAUAGUGGGCUUAUGAGCUAGAGCCAUUAUGCAUUUCGACUUAACAACCAGAGGUAUCUGAAAGUAUAUAUAUAUAUAUAUAUAUAUAUUGAGAUGCAAUAACUGGAAUUGUGAAUCAUAUGGGUAUUAUGUAUAUAAACAUUUUAGUGAGGGAAGUCAGAUGCAGUCAAUUGUAGAGCACAGUGAUCCCUAAUUCAACAAGCACUCCACACAAAACAUGUGAAAUCCUCUUGGGUUGGCAGCAAAGGUAGGCUGGAAGAAUGGUAUUUACUAGCAUUAAUAAUUUAAUUAAUCAAUG